CAUGCAAAAACAAAACCAAAACGAAAGUUAAUUCGGUUAUGGUGUGUUAUUAUUUUGGGCGUAUCUAGCUCCCGUUUAUUUGCUUCUGUUCCGGCUCAGUUGUCGCAGAAAUGGACAAGAUAGAGAGUGUCAUUCAUGACACGCUGAAGGGUCAGGCCGUCACGGAUGAAUCCGCAAAUAUAAUCGACUACAGCCUCGCCGAUCAAGUCGAAGAACUUGCCGCCAAGGGUGUGGAAUCUGCCGUGUUGCCGGACUACAAGCCAGUUGUCAAAAAAUCGGUCACGUAUAUCGUGGCCGCCGUGGUCGUGAACGAAAGAGGAGAUGUGCUCAUGAUGCAAGAAGCCAAGAGCUCGUGUGCUGGCACAUGGUAUCUUCCAGCCGGCAGGAUGGAGCCAGGCGAAGACAUCGUCGACGCCGUGAAGAGAGAAGUGAACGAGGAAACGGGUCUGGAUUUCGAGCCUUCCACGCUGCUCAUGGUCGAGACGGCACAGGGACAGUGGUACCGGUUCGUCUUCGUUGGAACGAUUGUGGGAGGAGAGCUGAAGACGGUAGCCAAAGCAGACUCGGAGUCUCUCCAGGCAAGCUGGGUGGAGGAUGUGCAAGAGCUCAGCCUGCGCUGCAAGGACAUCCUCCCUGUCAUCGAGCGUGCUCGGCUCUACCACAGCACGGCCGGUAGUCAGCCCUGGCAUCCCGCCGUGCUGCCCGCACUCCAGGCACACCAGAAGCUCCACCUACGGAUUGUCACCAUCAUCCGGAAGAAGGCCAACAACCUGCUUCAUGUCUUGGUGUCCGAGAAAGGAAUGGCCCACCUUCCAACAUGCGAGAUAAACCCAUCCCGCAGUAUCCACACAGCACUAAAGCGCUUCAUCCAGAGCAUCUUCAGUUCCGAACCUCCCCCUCACAAGCCCCUGGGAGUACUUUCUCUGGAGCACAGCGGACGGGGAGAAGAGGACGGGCUCUGCAUCAGUCUGCUUGUCUCGUGCAAGGCAGCCCUUGAGGAGGUGACCUUGACGCCGGGCUACACUUGGCUGGAAGUCAGCUCUCCGCUCUCGGACAAGCUGCUCUCUCGCACCAACCGCAACAUGACGGUCUUUCUCAAGGUCCAGUGAGUCCGCACUCAGUCGAAGACGUCAUUGACACAGGGGGAGCGCACGGACACCAUAAAACUUGGGAUCCAGUGUAUAUCUAAUACAAGCAAGUUCCGAGAAUCCUUGCAACUAUAGUUGCUCACAGGAUGAGAACGGAAGAAUUUCAGUCCUCCAGCGCGAGCUUUCAACUUCCAAUAACGCUUGACCAUCUCAUGAGCCUCAAACAUGCAUGUGCAGCAAAAGCACGGCAGUAGGCGUGGAGUGCACGCUGGGGGCGUUUGGAAGACACGCCCAGACGUUCCCACCUUGUAACUAUAGCUGACAUGCAAUUUUACGUUCAAAAAGAAAUACCGGUAUCUCCAGGGUUGCGUACAAUUUCUGAAGACUAAAAGUUUGUUUCGCCGAAAUGCAGGCAGGGUUUUCGCUUCUACGCAACCCACUGCUGGGACAUUGUGUUUUAGCUUGCUUGCUGUAGUCUAUGCAGCCAGAGAUCUAGAAAUGGAAGGUUUAGCCUUUGCUAUUGGAAAUGCAGUCUUCUUGGCAGCUUAUGUGGUCACGAGUCUACGUUGCUCUAGAAUAAGCAGUCUGUCAAAGUGAACCACUUUCAGGGUAUAUACAGCUGCUUUCGAAGCAAUUGAUUUUUUGCGGGCUCAAUAUUUCGCGAUUUAGGUCAAAGCUGAUGUUUUGGAAUAAUUGGCGGGUUCUAAUUUUCGCGAGGCGGUGGGAUCUCAAUAUAAAUUCCAAUGUGUUCACAUUUCACUGCGAUGUUCGCGGGGCCUACUUUUCGCGAAUUGUAGGCGAUUUGCGACAUUUGCAAAAAUGAUGUUUCCACAAAAAUUAAGUUGUUUACAGUCAGCCUAAAGGCAUUCGAAUCUCGUUCUCAAGAGUUGUGUUUUCAUUAUAUUUUUUCGAGUUUGCAUUUCUCAAAAACUUGACAUGUUCACUGUAUUCUGAAGGAAACAACCCUCAGCAUAAGUAAUUGAACAUAAAUUUUAUAUAAACCUGAGAGCACUCUCUAACAGUGCUAUAUAAUCUCAGGCCUGUGAGAAAGCAGUUCUUUCGACAACUGCCGCCCAAAGGCACUAGUGCAAGCUGUUAGAAUUUUUUUUAUGAACAAUUAAAUUGAGGUGUUGGAUGGUUGGUUUUAACCCAAUCCCAACAAAAAUGCACUGAAUCCUUGUGACAGUGUUAUGCAUUACAAGUUCUGUAAUGUAGACUUACUAUCUUUUGGAAGCUCUUUACACGUUAGGUUAUGACCAGGCAAUAACAGUGAAAAGGGAGCGACUACUACGCAUAGUGCUUGCUAUUUAUGCAACAUCAUCUAGAGUGCGAAAUGGUGAUAGUAGCUGAUACAAGCAGCAUGUAUGUAAACCAGGGUGCCUUCACUGAUGUAGCUGGGUACUUUUAGGUGUAUACUAAUAACUAAAUGCCUCAUGCAUGAAACGCAUGCAGUCUUGUUUAUUAAUCGUAUCCCAUAAUUUCUAUGCACAUGCUCGAGGCACCCUCAAUUGAUCAGAUUUGUUGCGACAUAAUGUGCCAGAAUGCAAUAUGCACUGUAGCAAGUUUUACCUAAUGCUAUGCCCGACAUUCCAGCAGCUUGCAACUUGAAAAAGCUGCAAAGGCAAUACUCAUUCCUGUGGAUCUUUACAUCCAACCAAGAGUUAGUUGUGACAUCUUCUGCACAACUUGCGGUAAAAUGUGCUAUGGCUUUUCCAUUGCAACUGCUGCCAUUUAACUUUUGUUGAUUGUUCAAUGGGAAGUCUGUUUCUGACAACAGCUGUGUAUGCUUGUUGGUUUACCCCCGCUCCCCCUUUUGUGAAGCGAUCUUACUAAUUUAGUAAAAUAUGCUACAUUAUA